AUGGUUGCCGAUACUGCUUACUACGAUGCGCUUGGUGUGCCACCGACAGCCACCGAGCUCGAGAUCAAGAAGGCCUACCGAAAGUUGGCCAUCGUCACUCACCCGGACAAAAAUCCCGGAGAUGAAACCGCCCACGAACGAUUCCAAGCUAUCGGCGAGGCCUACCAGGUUUUGAGCAACGAGGAUUUGCGAAAGCGUUAUGACAAGUUUGGCAAAGAGGAGUCAGUGCCUGGUGGCGGCUUUGAGGACCCCUCCGAGUUCUUUAGCAUGAUCUUCGGCGGCGAAGCUUUCGUUGAUCUCAUUGGUGAAAUUUCCCUGAUGAAGGACUUGACCGCGACCAUGGAUAUAACGAUGCAAGAAAUGGAAGAGGAAGAGCUGGCCCAGUCCGCCGAGGAGAAGCUCAACAUCCAUGACGAAGAAGUCAAGGCUGCGGGUGGUGAUCCGACCGCUACUUCUGAGGGUCAAGAUUCCACUCCCGGAGUUGCGACUGCACCUGCACCUGCACCUGCCGCUGCUGGUCCGUCCGAGAAACCCAUCUCUGAACAGAGCUCCGGCCAUAGUACCCCUCGACGAAACCUCGGCCAACAAGCCCUUAUGGACAAGUCUGAAGAAGAAGCUCGCAUGGAGGCAGCAGGUCUGUCUCAAGAGGAGAAAGAACUGCGCAAGAAGGAGAAGAAGAAGGGCCUUUCCAAGGAACAGCAGGAACGUCUGACCGCCUUUGAAGAAGAACGGAAAAAAAGCCCGCGAGGAUCCGUAUGGACCGAAACAGACAAGGGCAAGGAUGUUUCUCAUGCCUUCGAGGAAAAGAUUCGCCUUGAGGUGGAGAACUUGAAGAUGGAAUCUUUUGGCCUGGAAAUCCUUCACGCAGUCGGUCAAACUUAUGUGCAAAAAGGUACAUCCUUCCUCAAAUCUCAAAAGUUCCUCGGUAUCUCCGGCUUCUUUUCCCGCUUGAAAGACAAGGGUACUUUGGCCAAAGAGACCUGGACUACCAUUUCCACCGCUAUUGAUGCACAAAUGACCAUGGAAGAGAUGGCCAAGAUGGAGGAGCGUGGUGGCGAAGAUUGGACAGAUGAGAAGAAGGCCGAGUAUGAAAAGAGGGUCACCGGUAAGAUCCUGGCCGCAGCGUGGCGCGGUAGCAAGUUUGAGAUCCAAAGUGUUUUGCGCGAUGUCUGUGACCAGAUUCUGAAUGACAAGCGAACCCGACUCGAAAAGCGCGUGGAGCGCGCGCAUGCUCUGGUGAUUGCAGGCAACAUAUACGCAAAGGCUGCACGUGAUCCCGAAGAGGAAGGUGAUUAUAUGGCCUUUGAGCAGCUUAUGGCCGAGGCUAUGAGUAAGAAGGGCAAGGAGGGUAAGGAUGAAAAGGACAAGAAGAAGAAGAAAUCCAAACACGAUCAAAGUGAGAGCCACGAUGGAAAGGAGACCGUGGAAGAGGCCACUGCCUAG